UAUCCAGGGGCGGGUAACUCUAAUCGAGAACUCACGAUAUGGGCGAAUCAUGAAAACUUUCAAGCUUGUCCAACAUCAACGGAAGGACAACGCUGCUGACAUCCAGAUUAACCUGAAGGAUUUCCCCAAUGUCCACGCGGGAGAUGUGUUGGAAGUCUACCACCCAGAAGUGGAAUUUAGCCGUUUGCUGGUGCAGAUUACCAAAUUGCCAGAGGAAGCUGUACAGCUGAAAGCGGAGACUGUGAGCAUUGAGACGACAAUAGCAACAGCGUUCCAGCUGAGAGCAUACCAGGAUGUGUACGUCAACAAGAUUGAUCCCAAGCAUGUUGCGCUGGACCUGGUGGAGCUCCUGUACAAGGAGCAGUACUACAGCCGCAGCGACAUGUGGAGGAUGAGGAAGAGUCUGGUUAGGAAAUGUGUUUACCUCAACAAGAAAAUAGAAUUCGCAGAGAUGCGAGCCACAGUGAACGAGAUGUGGUCCAAGGGAGACAAGGUGGCUUGUGGCGUCAUCACCGAGGACACCAGGAUUGUUUACAGAUCAUCUACAGCCGUGGUCCAGAUCUUCAUACAGAUGAGCGCAGAGAUGUGGGACUUUGACAUCAAUGGCGAUCUCUACUUUGAGAAGGCGGUCAACGGCUUCCUCACUGAUCUCUUUGUCAAGUGGAAGGAACAAAACUGUUGCCAUGAUGUCACUAUUGUACUCUUCUCAAGGACGUUCUAUCGAGCCCGAUCUCUUGAUGAUUUCCCUCCAGAGGUUCAAGAGUGUCUGCAAGUUGACUAUCAAGGCCGGAUCUAUGAAGAUUUCUACAGGGUUGUGAUACAGAAUGAACGCUAUGAGGAGUGGACCAACACCCUGAAGCUGCUGCGGAAGUACUUCAACCAGUAUCAGACGAGAGUGCUGCGAUACCAUAAACAAAGGGGUUUCCACAUGCCCCCGGCGUGGAACUCAAAGGCAGCUCAGGGCAACUUUCUGGAAACUCUCAACGUGUCCCUAAACUUGUUUGAGAGCUACUACCUGGACCGGAACUUUGAUCGGACGGGGAAAGUGUCCGUGGUGAUCACGCCAGGUCCAGGUGUGUUCCAAGUGGACCGAGAGCUGACCAACAUCACCAAACAAAGGACUAUAGACUGUGGUGUUGGGAGUGACUUGGUCUGUAUGGGGGAGCAACCACUGCAUGCGGCGCCACUCUUUAAGUUCCACAACAAGAAUGCCAAGAACUGCCUGGAGGUUGGUGACGACUACAACAUCCCACAUUGGAUGAACCACAGUUUUUACACUUCAAAGAACCAGAUACAGUCUCAUUUCAACUCUUCCUUUGUGCCACGGAUCAAACCCCCACCGGAAGUGCUUGAAUUCCUGGCCAAGGAACCGGAAAACAAUGAAAUAUCGCUGGCCAACACAUCCUAUGACUCUGACGAUGACAAGUUCCCCUUUGUUGAUUAUGAUGAAUAUGAUGCUCAGGUGUUCAAACUUCCAUCCAGGACAGCGCCCAGAGCUGUCUCUGGUCGCAGUGCCAGUUUCUACGGAACCCAGACUAGAAGACGCAACUACAAAUGUAACACCGAUGCCCCCCAGGGCAUGCCUGAACCCCGGAUCAGGCAUAUCUCAGACGAUUUCAUGGAACAUUGUGCAGACAAGGUGCUGAAGAAGUCAUCUUCCUCUGCCGUGGGGAUUCCGUCGAAGUCCUUCAUUGGAGAAGAUCUUUCUCAAUCAGCUGGAUGUUAUCCCAUCUUUGAAAAGACCCUGAGUCGCGAGUCUGUCAACUCCUCUGAGAGUGAGGAGUUCCUCUUCACUCGUCCCGUGGUUGGAAGUGCAGGGUCCCCAGUUGGCUUCUCACAUCGCCUGCAGAACUAUCGUCCCCAGAGGGCCCUCAUCAACCCCUUCGCACCAUCACGGAUGCGCUUCAAGAUGACAUCAAACCGGAGACGCUGGAUCCAUGCUUUUCCUACAGAUCCCCAGGGUGCAGCUGUCCAGUCACAUCACUACCUGGGGUCGGGACAGUCAGAUGACACAGACGACCUCCCUGCACAGCAGCCAACCAGAGAGGUCAUACAGGGUGCCCAGAUGGCAGUUGAGUCUCGCAAACGAAGAUCUGUGUCUCGGCAGGAGAGUCUGGACGAUAUUGGAGAAGAUCAUAGCCUGGACGGUCUAGCAGAGCUGACCAACGUGUCUCCCAGUCACUCCAGCCUCACAAUGUCUGCUCUCCAUCACGUCCUCUCAUCCACUUCAGGGGAGUAUGGUCGUUGUGGGUCAAGAGGUCAGAUGACAUCACAAGAUGGGUUCUGGCUAUGGGGUCCGACUGGAGAGCAACCAUGGAGUCCAGACAUGACAACAGGGUGGGACUGGCGACCUUUGACACAGGUGGAGCGAGAGCGAGCUGACUCUCAGCUCAUCAAGCCCAUUCUAACUUCUGACCCCAGCAGUCAGACUUUCUGUGCAGGAAUAAGUGUUGACUGGAAGUCGCUGACAAUCCCGGCUUCACUGCCAACGACAACUGACUUCUUCCCGACCAGCUUAGCCUUCAUUACGACUCACGCGGUGUCUGACUAUAACCUGCUGCCUGAUGACGCCAAUGCUGAAAUAGCUAGAGAAAGGAACCCCCCAUCUGAGGACGAGGCGUUCUUCCGCAGCAAGCCACUCAGCACCGUUCAUGUGUUCCGAGAACUGGUCUUCCAGCGACUCGCACAGGGCUUCCAGUUGAUCAAGUUCUCUAGAUCCAGCUCCCCGAGAGAGAAUACCACACUUGGAUCAAGUCCACAAUACCAUCAUGCAACAGUUCUCACUCGGGCCCGGGCUCGCGUCGAACAAUCGGAAGAAUAUUACCUAAGUAUCGGCCGCAUCUUCCACAAACUGAACCUGACUGGGCCAACCAUCACAGUGACCAGAUACAGACCUAGACACAACCAGCCCCAGCUGCACUUCAAGUACCAGUACCGGUUCCAGGCCCCGGACUCCUACAGCUACGACGUGUCAUGGACUGAGUUCAGCAACGAGAAGCUUGAGAACUAUGUGUGGAACCACCUCGACCACUACAUCUGUACCCGCGGGGAGGGCGACUUCGGACUUGUGGAGUCACUCAAGUACUGGCGAAGUCGCUUUUUCCUGUUGCCUAGCAACAACUCUGCAACGAAGAAAAUCAUAGAGGGACAUCAUAGAUGUGACAUCUAAGAAGAGGUCCCACCAGGAGGUGAAGACUCUCAUCUCGGCUUCGUCCGUUACCUGGAGACUAUCAACAAGCUCAAGCGAACCCAUCAAGCUCGCAGGUCAAAGCUCCAGCCGGACGGAACUGCCGGCAGUGGCGAGACCAGCCCUGGCAAACAGGAGACAGACAGUCAAAAGGGCAGCUCCAAGGACGAAGGUCUGUCUCGAAGCACCCCUGCAGCCAAGUUGAUAGAGGCCUUCACAGAUGCACAGACUGGUUUCGCCUUCCUGCCCAAGCAGCCCGGUCUGACCAUCAACACAUUCAUCUCAGCGGAGGCUGUGUUGUGGUGUCAGAUGUACAUUGCUGGGAUAGAGUCAACCAAGGAUGCUGUGGACAAACUGCAGGAGCUGGUGGAUGACAAACUGAUCCUACGAUCCGGCAACCCGAAACACAAGUUCAUCUUCGGUUUCUACCUCUAUUUCAUCCCACCUUCUAAAGGCAAACCUGACAUCCUGAACCUCCCGAACGCCUCCUGCCCCUACAACAUGUGUUUCCAGAAUGAGUUCUGUGAGGUGACGGUGCUUCACGAUGAUGAGGAUGCUCCUAAACGGGACAAGUUCUACCUCCCCAGCGGAGACAGCCCCGAGCGAGACAUCAAGGCCCAUGUUGACUGGCGGGUCGAGACUGACCUCAACAAACAGGGCUGGGGUCAACAGCUAGGCAAGUUGAACAUUUGUGCACAAAAAGCGACACGCAAUCACAAGUACGUCAACGUGGACAUGGACAUCAACAGCAAGAGCGAGCGGACGGAGUGGGCAACGGCCAGGUACCACGCAUACUACAGUCCUCACUGUGCCUUCGAACUGCAGAUACAGUGGAUGGUGGCUACAGGCGGGCUCCUGGGGGAUCUGGUGUACAGCUGGGCUCGUAAGGCGACAUCUUGUGGCUUCCAUCUCCUGCCAGUUCCAGUUGAUCCCUUCGCUCUCCCCUACACACAAAACUCAGACCCGCUACGAGGACCUAUCUUUGUACCACUCAAUGUUAACUGUCUUCAGGAUAAAGGUAUAUUCUCAGGUCAGUUGCUUGCAAUGUCAGUUGCUUGUAAUUUGAUAUGCUCAGACAGUGUGUAUGUUUCAACUGUCUUCAGGAUAACGGUAUAUUCUCAGGUCAGUUGCUUGCAAUUUGAUGUGCUCAGACAGUGUAUAUCUAUCAACUGUCUUCAGGAUAAAGGUAUAUUCUCAGAGUAUGACGAGCAGACAGAGACGGCGAAGACCAUCCAGUUUCAACUUGCCAUCAUACAGAGGUUCGGAUUUCUUCGAGCUGUCGUUGAGAUGCCGGAGUCCAAAACAGAUCUCCACCGAGUUCGAACCCCGGAUGAAUACCGCUAUCAAUUUGUUCACUGCACUGGGGGCAUGUUUAUCCUGAUCCCAGACAUCAAGACUUCCUCCCCCAUCACAGUCGAGGCUCCGUACUCCUCCAGUUUCGGCAAGAAGUCCUCGUCAGAUCUCCACAAGGACUACAUUGCUCGCCAGACAAGCAGUGUCCUCUCUGAGGAGCCUCAGUCUGAGAACGGCUUUCUGUGGUCAUGGAACUUCAUGUUGUCCAAAAGAUGGCGCUCGGGCAACACCGGCGAUGAACACUUCCAGGACAAGAUGCUGGCAGACUUCCGCUUGUUUUGCUCCAAUGCUGACAACAGGUUGACAAAAUUCUGGACUGAUUAUGUGGAGGAGUGAAUGUUGAUAAAUUCUUGACUUUGUACAAGAAAAUGUUGACAAUUUCUGGACUCCAUGUGGAUAUGAGAUUGUCGACAACAGGUUGUGAGGGUCUUGACAGACUAUGUGGGGGAAAAAAGAAUGUAAAUGGAUUUAUAUAAGAUCAAGAGCACUGUGACAAUUUCUUGCCUUACCAGCCAAUUAUAACUACAUGGUCUAGGAUUGGUGUUCAAAUAUGUCCAUAUUUAUGUAAUACUCGUCAUGCUUUGCUCAACUUGAAGGAGGAGCACCA